GCCUAAUCAAGAUAACAUAUCAUGAAACUUUAGAUGAUUCUAUAACGGAAGAAUUUAUCAAAGCGAAAAAAUGCUUGUGUUACUGUUUUCUACGCUCUUAUUUUACGGAGCUACUGUUUCUGAAGGAAAACUUUACAAGUUGGUAGUUAAAACCGCGGAUGUACCAUUUGCCGGCACCGAUGCCACAAUUCGCAUCCGAAUGCAAGGCUCAAAAGACGGAAAGAUAGAAAGAGAAAUAAAAGGAAGCUUUGAACAGGAUAAAACUGACAACAUUGAUGUAGACGACUACGACAUUGGAAAUGUCACAGGAAUGGACAUUAAACGUGAUAGCAGUGGGUUUGGGCCAGAUUGGAAACUUGACAAGAUCACCAUCCAUGUCGCUGGUGCCGUAGAUAGCAUCUUCAAUUAUAACGCCUGGGUCCCCAAAAACAAGUGGGUUAAAUUAACCCUCUCUUGUCCAAGUGGAUUUCGCAUAAAUGCAAAGGGUUACUGCGAUGUCUUGGAUGUGGAUGAAUGCAAACAAAAUCCUCCCAUUUGUGUACCCCCGGCCGAGUGUCAUAACACCGUGGGCUCAUACUACUGCCAGUGUCCACGUGGUUACGUCAAAAAAGCAAAUUCAAACACUGAGUGUGAAGAUGUGAAUGAGUGCAAUCAAGGUCAACCGUGUGAUCCGGUGACGUCAAAAUCUUGUGAGAAUCUUCCUGGUGAUUACAAGUGCAUUUGCAAGGAUGGUUACCAGAACUCAAAUCCCAAGAAAUGCAUAAACAUAAAUGAGUGUUCUUUGGGUACAGACUCUUGCGACAAGUCUAUCUCAACCUGUCACGACGUCGGUGGAACCUAUUUUUGUGUCUGUAAGGAAGGUUACACUCAGGGAGCCAAUAACAGGAUUUGUCAACCUGUCAAAUGUGGUGCCCUCAGCGUACCCUCCAGAAGCAAUGUGACACCACCAAGAUGCACUCAACUGGAUUCUAAUGUCUUUGGUGAUAAAUGCGUGAUGACGUGCAAAGACGGUUACGUCAUGGAUGACAUCCAACACGGAACUCUUACCUGUAGCAAAUCUGGCAGGUGGGAGGGAAACAUGGGCACGUGCAACCCUGUUCAGUGUCCUGCCUUGCCAGCCAUUGCAAAUGGAAAUAUAUACCCCUCAACAUGCACAACUACUGGCGUAAGUUACACACAUUUGUGUACGUACAGUUGUAAAAGCGGUUAUCAGCUCUCAGGGUUGGGGAGCAGACAAUGCCUAAAGGACAAGACCUGGAGUGGAGUGGCACCGACUUGUAUUCUAAUUGUAAGCAAGCCUUGGAUCGAGUGUCCGGAUAACAUAAGACAAGUUUUAGCCCCAGGAAAAGAUAAAGCUGAUGUUAGCGCUGUGUGGAAGUUGCCCGUUUCGAACGUGCAGGAAAUGAAAAUCAACCCGCCUGAAAUCUCCAAAGAUUACCUCUUCCCUCCAGGGAUGACAAAAGUCGAUUGGACAGUGUCCAACUCAGCAGGAACCGCUAGCUGUUCUAUGUAUGUUACUAUCAGUGAUGAAGAGCCUCCCAAGGUCGUGAGCUGUCCCAGCGAUAUCUAUCAAAUUUCCGACACACCCAAGGCUGUUUCUUGGAUUGAGCCGACCUUCAGUGACAACGUCGGAGUUACAAAUGUGGAGAACCAAUACAAAAGUGGCGAUGUUUUCCAGUUUGUUCCAACUAAAGUUGAAUACAGAGCGUUCGAUGCAGCAGGAAAAAGCGCAAAAUGCGAGUUUACCGUGACACUCAAACGACCGUCGUGCCACGACCCUGAUGGCCCUGUUGGCGGCACCAAAUCAUGUAACAAGGUCAGCAGUGCAUCUUCAUUCUGCACCGUUCAGUGCCCCAGUGGAAGCAAUCUGUACAAGCCACCACCUAACGUUUAUUUUUGGCAAUGCAAAAAUGGAGUCUGGAGUCCUUCUAACACAAUUCCGGAUUGUGUCGUGUCCUCCAAAAAAGACCCGAACACGACGUGCGAAGAAGGUCGAAUCGAAAUGACAGUAAUCGUCUUUUUUAAACAGGAAUUGCAUUGUGGUAAGUGUCCUGCUGGCAUGUACCAAUCCUCGAAUACUGAUUGCAGUCCAUGUCCCGCGGGAACUUACAAUGACCAGCAAGGAAAAACACAGUGCACGCUUAAGUGUCCCGCGGGUACUUCCUCGUUACCGGGAGCAAGUUCCGCUGUUGAAUGCCGAAACUUAUGUCCCCCUGGAAGGUUCUCCUCUGAUGGCCUGGGACCGAAUUGUCUGGAUUGUCCACGUGACACAUAUCAGGACAAACCUCAGCAGACAGAUUGUAUCUCGUGUCCGAACGGAGCCAGCACUGUCGCAGCAGGCUCAAGUUCGCUUAAUGAUUGUGGAGCGAAACCAAAAGUCUCUUUGGCUCAGCAAGAGGUUACCAUAGAUGAAAAGGAAACCAUUUCACUCGACUGUUUUGCACGCGAAAAGCCAACGCCCAUAUUCACAUGGAAAUUCUUGCGGGACAUUCCUCGUAAGUAA